GAAGAACCAAACGGGGAGAAAGGACUCCAUCUUCUUGUAUCCCGUAUAAGCUUUCGGUACCGGUGUAUAAUGGCACAUUGAAUGCCGGGAAGGCUUUCUUCGCUGGUUCACAAAUCCAAUAUUACGAGCCAAGCAGUUGACGACCUAUUUUCUGUUAUCUCCGCAAUAUACGUAAUCGAUCUAAUUGCAUGGAAGAACAUUUCAAAUUGAAGCAGAUGAUCACAUAGGUCAUUUGGGGGUACCGGACUUCCACGUGCAUGAUUGCAUAGAAAUGUAGAAUUGAGAGAUAGAGGUUGCCGACAACCUACCCACAACUGACUCGAUUCUCAUACGCGCUGUCGCCGCAUUAAUCACUCUGUAGUUUUAUCUCUGAGCAUCUUUAAAUGAAGAUAGUGAUAGGCGUUUCACGUUAUCUUACAAUGAAUUAUGAUUUUGUGCGGAUGUCGAUCGAUUAUUGCGACCAGUCGUGAACCUGUCGAACCAGUGAAUCAGUGUGCAACAGUCGACAUUGCUUUAGAGUCAACGUAACAUCCACUGCGGCCGACAAAUCAGAAGGGGAACUUGACGAAUUACUUCGACGAGCGGAUCUUCUUUCCUACCGUGACAAGUUCAUCGAACUGGAUGAGUUAAAAAGUGUGUAUGUGCGUAUCGAAUACUAGUGGAAUCCAGGCAGGUUGUUGCAUUUGCAAAGCCGUGUGUAUAUGCGAGGCCGGUGGUGGUGAAAGGCGAAAUAUGAGAUAUAGGAGAGUGUUAAGAUAGAGUUAAGCCGUCAUCUAGCGCUAUCCCCAAUGCUAGUCCUUCUUCCUGCGCACAAGAACGCUACGCUUCCACGAUUCGCUAAUUGGCAGAGGGCGGGGCAUGGCGGAUGAACGCCCCCAGCAAAAAUGGGGACUCCGGCUGUUUUUCAUAUAUUUUUACCAUACCCGUGGGAAUACAACUAGCCACCGAAACGGCAAGCUUUCUAAACAGUUACAAUUAAAUAAAUCUCGUUCGACCGAUUGAUAAUUUCGGCAUGCUGAGCUAAGACAGAAGAUGUUAGAAUGAUGGGCUGGUUGUAUUGAAAUUCUAAAACCGCCAAUGGAAGGGAACACGAAAAGAAAUGCUUAGUCCCGCCGUUUCGUACUCCCUUGUGUGGUUUUUGUUGCCAUUCUAAGAAGUAAUUUAAGAAUACUUAAUUCAGAAUGGGUCUAAAUCCCAUGGAGAGAAAGAACGAAAAAAGACUGAAAAUAGCGUCUUUGGGAUUGCAGAGGUUAACGAUCCCUGUAGUAUAGGUCACCAUAAAACUACUUAAUGCGAGACAAAGGCAAAAAUUCGUAUCACAGGUGUGGUAGAGUCUUCUGCGUCAGGGAUGUGUCUAAUGUGUCUGGGGACAUGUUACAAAUAUUUAACCUCGGUAUUGGAUUCGUUCUGAGGCGAAGACAAUGUGCACCGACUUUGUGACUCAACGAACGAAGAGUUCCAGACACUCACCGAGCGCGUAGGCAUGGCCAGAAAUCCCCUUCACAUGAAAAGAUUGAAGAACGCACUCAAACAGUGGUCAGGCCAUGCAGCCGUAAUGACGUCCAUUCCUUCAAACGAGUCGGAGCGUGAACUUCACGACCUGCUUCAGCGAGCGGAUCUCCUCGCCUACUACGACAAGUUCAUCGAGAAAGGCGUAGACAAUGUGCAGCGGCUUUUUGACUCGACUGAAGAAGAGUUCCAGGAGUUUAUGGAUCGUGUUGGCAUGGCCGUAUUCCCUUUUCACGUGAUGAGGUUCCAGAACGAAGUAGAACAGUGGACAGGGCACCCAGUCGCAAUGGCGCCCGUUCCGGCAACAAAACCGAGACUGUCGGAGAUUCACCACCUCCUUGAACCAGCGGGUCUCCUCUCCUACUGCGAGAAAUUUGAGGAAAUAGGCAUGGACAAUGUGCAGCAGCUUCGCGACUUCACUGACGAAGAGUUCUACGAGGUCACCAACCUGAUAGGCAUGGCCGGGAAGCCGUUUCAUGUAAAGAAACUCAAGAAGGUACUCGAAGAAUGGACGGGGCCCACAGGAAUUUCUCGCUUCAUCUCCAGAGGCAUGGCUUCGACAUCUGGAUUUGAUUUCAACAUGGAAAGGUCGCCACAGUGGGAAGACCUCAGGAAGGAAAUGCACGAAGCCAUUGCGGCGGAAGACGAAGCUCGUGUUCUAAAGUGCCUGGAUGCUGCACCUGGAUUGAAACUGUGGUUGGACCCUGUGAAAGAUAAGUCAGCUCGUUACAAAGCAGUUAAAAAGAAAGCCUUUCGUAUUCAUGGCCUUUUAAUCUCGCGGGAAUGUGGACUCAAGAACCGCAAAGAAUCAUCGUGUUACCAACAUCUCACACCCCUUGAACGAGCUGAAAUACGACGGCAACAAUAUUACACCACAGAAUGCGACGGCUCUUACAUCGACUAUUUGAAAAGCAAAUCAAAAAGCGUCACCAGAUGUGAUGACUUCGGUGUACGAUUGGAGAAGAUGUUUAAGCAACUCUCCAGUAAUGAAUUAAACAGGAUUAUUCUCAAAGUGGCUGCAAGAGCGCCACACCUGGAAAUAAGGUUCGACUACAACAGUGAAAACGUUCAAGGGAUCACGGGAAGCUGCAACAGAGGCGACAUCGGCUUUACUUUCUACGAAGAACAAAGAGUUUUCAUCGGGGGCCGUGCUGAAGAAGCCGUGGUCUCGGGAACGCUUAUCCACAAGUUAUGUCAUAUGGCACUUUUUCUAGUCUACAGGAACGACGGCAAGCCAUAUUACAGCGACGAUACGGAGAGGAAACAGCAAUACAAGAACAUCCUGAAUAACAUAAAACCGAUGCAACAAGAUAUGAACCUACUCAUCCAACAAGCUUUAAAGGACAGAAAUGGAGAAGAAGAGUUAAUUGUACGGAUCCCUCACGUACUGGUUCAAUAUGGUUGCGACGAAGGUCAAAGGGUUCUGGAACGGGAAGUACCCGAGCUACUAAAUUUUUUCAAGGACCAUGUCAUCCGGGACAUGCGGGAAUACAUUCACAGUGGAAUCCCUUCAGCAGACGCAGAAAAGAUCAAAGAAGAAAACGCUAGACUCCAAAGAUCUUUCAACAUUGGCAAACUUAAAGUCAAAUUCGAGAAACCAUUAGAGAACAGUGUGUGGAACAGAGGGUCCCUUCACGUACUUACGGGUCCAGAAGUAAGACUUCUGGAAAUAAUGGUUCACAACGCCGUGAAAUCUUCGGGCCAGCCAUACUUGUUUUUCGAAACAUCCCAGACGGACUGGACAGAUGUGUUAGUGGACUACAAAUGUGCAUUUGUGCUCGUGACGGUCCGUCCUAACACAGACUUUCGACUGGGUCUCAGAUUUUUGAGUGAAGUGUCCCAUGUGACUGGAGCGAAAGUCAUCUUGCUUGUGGAAGACAGUGCCAAGGAUGACCUGUUGAAGCAAGUGGAAGAAGCACUUUUUAACAAGAAACCUUUAGUGUCUAACGUCCAUGAGGCGAGUUUGGAGCAUGUCGCGAAUAGCUGCAAAACAGAAGUUUUUGAAAAAUCUCGCGUAGAACUUCAGGGCAGAUAUGCUUCUGCCUUUCCUGAAGCAAUGAAUAUGGACACCUUCUCACGUUGUGUAGACACUUCAGUUUUCCUAAAGCUAUGUGAAUCACUGAACAUUGACGUGGGACCUCCGCUUCGUGAACUCGAAGAAUGUGUUAAGAACUGUUAUGUGGAGCGAGUGUUUACAAGAGCUGUGAAAAUUGACCUGAAAAAGUGCAGAAUGAAUGACGAGAAUGAGGCUUUCGCACUUUUGGGGUGUUCGGAUGAUUGUGCUGCAAAACUUGUACCUCAAGGUUAUGAGGCAAAACAUCAGGAUAAUUUAGAGCGUUUUGAAAAAUUUGUGGUCCUUCAGGAGCCACGUGACUACGAAGCUCUCAUACGAAAUAAUAAUUACAGGGGGAAGGUAGUGCAUCUGUUCCGAAUCAAUAAAUCCGGUGAGGGACUGUUGUGGUCUAAAUCAAAUGGCCGUCUCAGUCACCUUCGAAUGACGGGAAGUGACAAUUAUACUACAGAGACUUUGCUGAACGUGCCCGAGAAGGUCGUCCUCGUCACUGGCGCACCUGGUAUGGGAAAGACUGUGCUGGCAUCUCGGUUGUGUACACAGUUAAAAACUCAAGACAAGAAGCGGUGGGUGCUCUACGUCGACCUUCUUCAGAGAAUGGCAUCUGUUAAAACUGCGUCGCCUACUCUGGAAUAUCUAGCGGAUCUGUGCCAAGUACAAAGAUGUUGUCCGGAGUUCGCUUUGUUCGAGGAAAGCUUGAAGAAUGGUAGUCCUUUCCAGGUCGUAGUCAUGUUGGAUGGCUUCGAUGAAGUCAGUGAGAAAUGUCGCAAGUGUGUGCUCGACCUUGUACAGUUUCUAGCUAACAAAAAAGUUUACAAGGUGUACCUUUUUACUCACACUGUGUUUAAGCCCCAUGUACAAGAUACCUUGCACAUUGUGUCAUAUGACCUCGUUCCUUUUUCUGAUGAAAACCAGAAUGAUUUCCUCACAAAAUAUAGGACCCAAAGAGAAACUCCAGCCACCAGGAAUGACGCAUUUCUGCAAAACUUCCAGCAACUGUACGGGACACUGAAGAAGAAAAACAAGACAAUCCUAGAAACCCCUCUCCUACUUCGUAUGAUGGCUCAGAUGGAGAGCGGGGAAAUUACGAAGUUGAACGAUUGCUCUUCGCUGCUCAAUAUUGCUGACAUUUCCGCUGGCGGAAGUAUAUACACUGUACACAUUUACAAGAUGUUUGUCGAGUACAAGCACCUUGUGCACAGAAAAGAAACAGUGAAGGAAGACAUCCCCCGAAGUGCUGUGCGAGGGGACAACGACACCGCGAAAUCUCCGUUCUACGCAAACCAUGGCCUCCUCGCUAUGAAGUGUAUAUUUCCUCAGGAUGGCUUGAACACCUUAUUGAGUGAAGACGAAUUCGUGCAGUUAGAUCCCGAAGGAAGUUCCAUCAAACGCGUUGCGGACAAUUCUCUCAAAGAAGGUUUUGUGAAUGGAAUUAACGAUGGAGGAACGCCCGAGUUCGUUCAUAAGACUUUCGCUGAAUUUUUCGCAGCUCACUACCUUCUGGAGAAGGCAAAGAUCAGACAAAAACCGAGCUUUAGGAACAAAGUCCUAGAAUUGUAUGGUAAAGAAGACUACGAGGGUGUAAUGCUGUUGUUCGAUGGACUGGCGUCGGCGUCCUAUCCACUUCACUCUGCUGUAAUAAACAACGACGCUUCAUAUUUUGAGCAACUCGUUAUACAAAGAGAGGAUAUGUUCGAAGUCGAUGAGCUCAAAAGGACGCCAUUGCACGUAGCUGCCCUGCAUUCUGAUGAAACGGCAUUGAAGAGGCUUCCAAUGGAUGAUGAACUAAUCAGGGAUGAUUUAUUUAAAAUGUCACCAUUCGAGUACGUAGAACUCUUUUCCCCAUGGGACGCAGAGUGGAUGGAACUUCUGUGGGAAGGGUCUGUCAUGAAAUAUUUGCCGGCUGUGACUAUUUGGAAUAAUUAUUGGACUGAGACUUCACUGGUGAGAGAGAGACUCAACGUAUUCUGUGCUCAAUGCAGUGAGGAAGCAGUGAGACGUUCUACCCAAAAUCUGCGCAGGUGUGAAACCUUAGAGCAAAAAAGAAGUUUUCUAGAGCUAGCAAUACUCACGGCUGUGAGACACGACCUACCAGGCGUCCUAGACGUGUAUCUGAGCUAUGUGUCCCCGAGAGAGAGUACACGAGAACUUGACAGAGACAUCAUGAACCAAUUAGAAUCACGCGAAGAACGAAGCUUGAGAUAUUCUGCAGAGCUUCGGGUAAUUGAAGAUCUCGAUAAUAUCAGAUACGGUGACAAUAGAACUGUUCCUUUUUACGCAAAGUCGGAGGUUGUUUGCAGAAUGCUCCUUCCUUACUGCGAUAUGGGAAUUCUUGAUGCGGAUGGAAACACAAUGUUGCACAUUAGUGCGAAAGAAGGAAAUCUGGAGACAACACAGUUUCACCUCGCACGUUUAUCCGUUAACAAUAGAAAUAGAGACCUUAAAACUCCUUUGCACUUGAGUGGAGAUACAGCGAUUGUGAGGCUACUUCUUCCUCUUUAUCCCUCAGUGAAUGUUCUCGAUUAUCAUCAACAAGCUCCUAUGGAUACAUUUGCCAAGAGAGAUGAUUUGGAGGCCAUGAAGUUGUUACUCCUUCGCACUCCGACAUAUGACGCACGUCAGAUCAGAAUGAACACAAGACUUCAUGUGGCUUCUGAUUCUCUUUCCCUUAAAGCUGUGACGUCUCUUCUACCUCACACAAAUGUGCACGUGCUUAACUCCAAAGGAGAGACGUGCUUAGACGUUGCUUGGAAAAGUUGGAUAUAUGAGUCGAUUUCGGAGUCCAACGUUGUGAGGUGUCUCAUCCCACACUCGCUCGUGAACUCACCUGAAACGUUCGGCUCAUCACCGUUGUACGUCUGGGCGGAAGGCGGUGGAAGGAAAGUGAUGCAAACUCUAUGGCCUUAUUUGCGACACAGUGACCCUAUGCAUGCACAGAGGAUCAGCAGAAGGGAUGUGCAUGUGUCUCUGAACGAGGAUUUCCAAAAAGAAAUUUGGUGUCUGAAACUUCUCUUCCUCCAUUUAGAUGUUAUCGCUGGUGAUCCUCGUAGUCGUAAACUGCUACAUGAUGUGGCCGAGAGCAAGCUACGUGGGAUAAAAGAAGUGAAUUACACUAAUUACGAGAAGCUGUUACCGCCACAUGUAAAUCUCAAUGAGUAGGAUUAUGUAAAAUAUAGCGUAGGAAAUGAUGACAUUGUUACAAAGAUGGUUGGACAUGAACAACACCGAUGAUCCCCACAUUGACGAUGUCGACACGGAAAUGAUCGACGACGAUGGCAAUACGAAGUUGCCAAUAGAAGCAGAGGAAGGUAAUGUGGAAGCUGUGGAACUUCGCCUCUCACAUUCAUCAGUGUGGUUUACAAGUGAAGGAGAGAAUACUGCAUUGCACUUGAGCGCGAGGAAGGGAUAUCCAAAUGUGGUGAAGCUUCUCAUUCCUUUUUAUACAUCAGUGGACGUGAUCAAUGUGCAUCGAAAAACGCUGAUGCGUGUCUGUGCCUCAAAUGGAUACCUAGAUGUUGUAAAGUUAUUAUUACUCCGCUCUAGAAUGAGUUUUCGUGACAAGUAUGAAAGGGCACCUCUUCACUUGGCCUGCAUAAGCGAUGCCGUUGUUGAUAUCGUGAACUUCCUUCUUCCGCACUCAUUCCCUAAUAUGCGCGACAGCUUGGGUUUCACGUGCUGCGCUCUUUCCGCGAUAAGAAGGAAUAUGAAUGUUCUGAGAUGCCUUGUCUGAAACUUAUGGUUCUCCACUCAUAUGUCAGUGCAGUAGAUGAGUGUUUUCGUGAAACACUCUACCAAUUUGGAGAUCAAUUCCCGCGUCUACAAGAGACUAAGAGAUCAAAACUCCUGAAUUAUAUUUCUCUCUUGCUUCCUCAUACAAGUGUUUCUGCUAAGGGCGAUGGAGGCAAGGAACUAUUACAAGCCCUCCAAAGUAGUCAGAUCCUGAAUUGGAUAGCUUCCUUGAGAAAUGGACUCGCUUGAGUGACCUUCAUUCAUGAUGCUGACGAUUGUUGGCAACGUUGUGGUUAAGUACCAUCUGGCACCGAGUAGUCAGUGGACACGAGCUCUGCAGACGAUAUAGCAGGUUUAAUAGAGCUUUUUAAUAGUGUAAUAACAAGUUUUAAUAAGUUUAAUAGACCGAUUGAACCUCGCAUUCUUAAAAAAAAGUUGGUCAAUGUUAUACCUUUUAGAGUGGUAAUGGAUUGUCACCACUGUUUGUCGAAAGGUGUGUGAAGUUGAAUCCAUCUAGCAGUGUGGUACGGUUCAACACUGGAGAUAUAUGGGUCGUAAGUUUACCGCCCUUGGUGUCAAAUGUAUAUGCGCAAGUGUCAAGUGUGUAUGAAAUAAAGUGUUUUUUUCGCACA